GCGAUCAUAUUUUGAGAACCAUUGUCGCGAAUGAGUUAAGAGGCUACGCGCGCUAGCGCUAAAGAACGAAAGAGACGGACAAUUCGGUCUACUAAGAGAGUCAAUGCUAAUAGGAGUCAAGGAAGCACCAAGUCGGCAAAUACAGCUGUAGUGCCGAAAUUCGAAUGUAAGCUCGAUCGACAUUCCGCCCCUCCCAGUCGUGGAUCGCAUCCAUCAUGCUUGUAUCAGUUGAUAUCUGAGUUUGAACGUGCUAUUACUGAAUUGGACUUGAACUCUGUUGAAACUUGAAGACGUUUUAUUCAAUCUGGAAUCUGAUGGGCUGAUGCGAUGCGUUUCCACAACAAAGCGUUUGUUAAACUGGUCUCCAUCCUAGUUGGGGCUACAGUGGGUACUCUGGUAUACAUGGUUCAGAAUACAGAUAACGAAGCAUACAGAAGAGACAGAUUUGCCAGUGAUGAAUUCGCUGAAUCACACCAAGUUGACUUAGAACAUGAGCUUUCAUUCCUGGGAAAAGAGCAUCAAUUUAAUCAUCCUUUUGAGGUUCAGGAGCAGAAAACAAGACUGAAUCAUCCUCAUCCAUUCAUCACAAUUGCUCCAAAUAAUUUAGAACUGACUUUCAGGAAAGAUGAACAGUUUAAAUUUUCUUCUUGUCCGUAUUCGUUACAAGGCAAACUACAGGAGUCCCAAUGGGCUUCCCAGUACUAUCAACCAAACAUAAAGAUGAUUAUGACAGAUGCCAAUAUCAACCAGGAAGAAUACCAACGCUUAAAAACAUACAAUAUGCCAUUUGGAUUCUUUUAUAAAAAUGAGCUCAAGUUUGAAGAGCUCUCCAGUACAUUAAAACUAUUUUCGGAGGACGAAUCCGUUCUAGAUUUCGGGAAUCAUCAGAGACCUCCAUGCGUAAGCUGUGCUAUCGUAGGAAAUGGAGGAAUCCUGAAUGGAUCUGGCCUAGGCAGAGAAAUAGACAACCAUGGCAUGGUGUUCAGAGUUAACCAUUGUAUCAGGAGAGGCUUUGAGCAUGAUGUUGGUACUCGGACAACGCACUAUGUAUUCAUGGACAGAUCCCUCAUCCAUACGCAACAGGCUGAUAUACCAACAGACAAGGGUAUCAAGUGGGUCUUCCUGCCUUGUAGAAUAAAUGACUAUCACUACAUCACAGAGGUCGCCAAGGGAACUAAUCCUAAACAGAAGCUGAAAGCUCAAGCUGCAGACAUCAGACUACUGCACCCAGACUUUGUCAGAUAUUUCCACAAAGCCUGGAUGCGGACCAAGUCUUUCCGUCCGAGUACGGGUGCCAUGAUGUUAAUGACGGCUCUCCAUUCUGGAUGUGAUUCUCUCAGUGUUUAUGGCAUGGGAUUCACCGAGAAGUACACAGAACACUACUAUGAUAAAACCUUCAGUAUCUACAAGAAUGUGAAAGGAAGUCAUGAUUUUGCAAGAGAGAUUGAGAUCAUGAAGAAAUUGGACAAAGCUGGUAUUAUUAAGUGGUACAAGAGAGAUGUCCCUGAAUUUCUCUCGUAGCCAUUGUAGGCAAAAUGUUCUGUUUUUGUCACAUGUUACAUUUUCUCUGUUUUUUUAAAGGAAUAUUUAUGAGCUGACUGAAAUCCUACCAA